UUCACAAAUUGGGUGUGCAUGUAGAAGCAUAGCACACAAUUUACACUACACACCCACUCACACACACACACCCUUUCACCAAUUCACCAAUUCACCACCUCUGAAAAAAAAAAUAUACACCAUAUAUAUUUUCACCAAUUUUUUUCAACACUUUUUUCACCGAAGAAAUAGCCACUUCACUUAAAUAACAACACCUUUAACAGCACUAAUAUUGCACUCAAACAAACAAACAAACAAAAAACGACAAAUUCAACAAACUAACGAAAUAAUUCAACAAGAUUCAAAGAAGAUUCCAAAAAAACAUCAAUCCGAAAAGCAAAACUAUAUUCAAUUUGAUCUAAAAUCUUUAAAUAAAUUUAAAAAAAUGGCUGCUUUCAUUGCUAAACAGAUGAUGGGCGAUCAAUUGAACGCCGUCAAAGAAAUCGGCGGUGGAGAUGGCCCAACGCCUGAGGAAAAAGAAAAAAUGGAACAAUUGGAACGUGAACGUUUAGAAGCGUUACGUGAAGCUGAAGAAAGACGACAGGAAAAACAUCGAAAAAUGGAAGAAGAACGAGAAGGAAUGCGACAAGGAAUUCGUGACAAGUAUGGUAUCAAAAAAAGAGAAGAAAAAGAAGCUGAAUUAAAAAAGAAACAAGAAGCAUUAAUGGGUGGUGUAUCAACCGAUUCUGGUAUUAAUAGGAAAAAGAAAACACCCGAAGAAAUUGCUGCCGAACAAGAACAAGCUAAUCAAGAUGAUUUUACUAAACUUAAAAAUACAAUUGAAACACAAGUAAGCGAUAUUAAAGGUCAGAUUGAAGAAAAAUGUUCCAUUCAAUAAUUGAUCAAUAAUAAAUGUGGAUACACCAUCAUCAUAUUUAUCCAUCCAAUCAACAACAACAACAACAACAACAUUGGCCAACAUCUUUUUUUCA